AUGGAUCAUGGGGAGUCAUCUCCUGCCGUGAUUCAUGGACAAUGCCAGGAACUUCCUGGAAACAUGACGGAUGAUUUCUGUGAAAUCAAUAUACUACUCCAUUCGAGUGGUGCCUGGGGCAUUGGUGCAGCCAAAAGCUUCCUACAUUACGCAUUGCCCCGCCUUCAGCUGCAAAUAGCCAUCAUGUUUCUGCUCGCUCAAUUCUUGCAUCUCUUGCUUAGGCGUUUUCAUAUGCCCCGCAUUCUAUCUGAGCUCCUGGCUGGUAUGGUACUGGGACCAACUAUUCUCGGACAGAUCCCAAACUUUCAAGAGACACUUUUCCCACAAGAAGGGGACGUAUACAUUGACUUACUGGGAAAAAUUGGCUUUGUUUUCUAUAUAUUUCUCAGUGGAGUUAAAAUGGAUCCUAAAACAGUGACAAGAACUGGUUCCCAGGCAUGGACAAUAGGAGUUGUUGCUGCCACGGCCCCUGUUUGUAUUGGCCUAGUUCUUUUUAAGAUACUUGAAAGAAUUCUACAUAGGUACCGAUUGCCAACUUGUGCAAAUAUCAUUGGGAUACAAAAUUCAUUUGCAUUUCCCGUAAUUGCUUCCAUGCUUGUUGACCUGAAAAUCAUUAACUCUGAGCUUGGCCGCCUUGCAUUGGCUUCAACACUGAUUAGUGAUUUUCUUAGUGGUUUUGUUAUAAGUAUCUAUUCCAUUUGCACGGUUGGGUCGUACUCCUAUACAGGAUCAUUGGCAAUACAAUCUAUUGUCCUAUCCAUCAGUUUAAUAUUACUUAUCAUUUUCAUGGGGCGGACCAUUUCACUAUGGAUCAUCAAAAAGACUCCAGAAGGAAAACCAGUGACUAGAGCUCAUAUGGUUCUGAUGUCACUAAUGGUUCUAGUAGCGGUUGUACUCACUGAUAAUGUGGGACUUCCCUAUCAAUAUGGCCCUUUUAUAUUAGGCUUGGUAGUGCCAGACGGGCCACCUCUGGGGUCGACAUUGGUGGGCAGGUUGGAGACUGUAAUAUCAGGAUUGUUCACACCACUUUUGAUUACUUACUGUGGGAUGAAAGUAAAUCUUAUUGAGGUCUAUGAUCUGACAUUCAUGAGGUGGGUAUGGUUCUUCAUUUGCUUCUUUUUGGGAAUGAAGUUACUCUCAAUUUUCUGUCCAGCAGUAAUGUGCAAAGUACCUGUUAAAGAUGCUGGUGCUCUUGCCCUUAUCAUGAGUACACAGGGAGUUGUUCAGAUGAAUUUUUACUACAGCAAUUUCAUAAAUGGGACAUUUGAUGGAGAAACAUUUUCCAUGAUGAAUGCAGCAGUACUAAUACUAGUUGCAACUUUGCAUCUUAUGACGAAGUUGUUAUAUGAUAAUUCAAGAAUGUACACUGGCUAUCAGAAAAGAGACAUUCAGAACACUUCACCAAAUUCUGAGCUCAGAGUGCUUUCAUGUGCACAUCGAAUCGAUGAUGUAUUGGCUGUCAGAAAAGUAAUUGAAGCUUCUUUCCCGACCAAAGAGAGUCCACUUUCAGUCUAUGCUCUGCACCUGGCCGAGCUUGUAGGCCGGGCCUCUCCCUUGCUGAUUGAUCACCAAUUAGGCCAAAAGUCUUCCAAUGUCUUACGUACACAAAAAAUGAUUGAAGUUCUUUAUGCAUAUGAACAACAAUACUCGGGAUUGGUCACUGUGCAGCAAUUUACUGCAAUGUCUUUAACCAAGUUCAUGCACCAUGACAUCUGCUCAGUUGCCUUCGACAAACUGGCAUCCUUGAUUAUACUUCCAUUUCACAGGAAAUGGAAUCACCAAGGAAAAGUAAUAUUAGAUAGCAGUGUCUUGAGAGCAAUCAACAAUAAUGUAUUGGAAAAUUCUCCUUGUUCUGUAAGUAUUCUUGUGGAUCGCCACAAAAUACGCCGUAUGUUGCCCCUUUCAUCUGUUUACAAUGUGGGGUUAGCUUUCUUUGGAGGAAUUGAUGACCGUGAGGCAUUGGCUUAUGCUAGGCGAAUGGCAAAAUCACCUGGUGUACAUUUGACAGUGGUUCGAUUAGUUCCAUGGGACCUUUAUCCAGGUGACAGCCAAUGGGAUGCAGUUCUUGAUGCAGAAUUAUUAAAAGAAACAAGAAUCCAAGGUGUGCACCAGGAUAAUAUCGUGUACAGAGAAGAAAGGGCGAAAGACGGGGCUGAAACUGCACGUUUCAUUCAUGCUAUGGAAGAUGCUUUCGAUCUAAUCAUUGUGGGACGACACCAUUGUGACAAUAUGCCUCAGUUGUUAGGCCUUAGUGAAUGGAAUGAUUUGCCAGAACUGGGGCCAGUCGGAGACAUGCUUGCUGCUUCUGAGAUCAAUAAACCCGUUUCUGUGUUGGUGGUGCAACAUCAAAUUUUAAAGAAGAAAUGA